UUGCAGGUACAAGUGCUGUAUUGAUCCAUUGGAGGCGAUGCUCAGUCUGUCCUGGAGAUGGAUAACACAGCUGCUUGUGCAACUUUGCCGCUGUUUCCUGUCUGUCCACUGCCCCCAUGUUCUGCCCCAUCGGCUGGUGAAGUACAGGGUGUCUCGGCUCCUGACCACGUUGCUGCUGGUUGCUGUCUCUGCCCUGCUGGUGACAGUCUUCUCUGUCGGCUACAUCGAGGAAUGGCUCCUGCGCCCUGUGCCCAGCUCCAUCAGGGACCGGAGGGUCUCCCGGAUGAGGGAGAAAGCUGCUCUCUUCGACGCCGCGGCCCUGAAGCCAGAGGCCCCCAAGUUCUACCGGGUGUCCAACCCCAGCUUCUGCGCCGGCUCUGACCUCUUCCUGGUGAACUUUGUGAUCAGCAAGCCGGCGCACCUCGUGAACCGGGAGGCUAUCCGGAGGAGCUGGGGCUCCGUACGCGAGGUACGAGGCCUGGCAGUGAGGACCCUCUUUGCCCUGGGGACGCCCGAGUCCUCGAAGGAGCAGGAGCUUAUCGACUGGGAGUCCAGGAGCUACCAGGACGUGGUGCAAGGCCGGUUUGUGGACACGUACCUCAACCUGACCUUCAAGACCAUCAUGGUGAUGCGCUGGUUCACCACCUACUGCCACACAGCCCGCUACCUCCUCAAGGUCGAUGACGAUGUCUUCCUGAACCAUGACAACCUGGUGGAGCUCCUGCUGGGACUGGGGGAUGGGCUGACCGACCUGUAUCUGGGGAGAGUCCACAGGAACGUUCGUGCCAUCCGUAAUGUCAGCAGCCUCUACUACGUGUCAGAGGAGGUGUACCCGGCAGACACCUACCCAAACUACUGCAGCGGCACCUCCUACGUGCUGUCCGGAGACAUGGCGCACAAGGUCUACGUGGCUGCCCUGUCUGUACCGCUGUUGAGCAUCGAGGACGUCUUUGUUGGGAUCUGCGCCAAGCGGAUGGGUGUGCUGCCUACCCACACCUCCAAGAUGUCUGGGGGUCUCCGCUUCCACUUCAGCCAGUGCUGCUACAAGUCCAUAAUCACCUCCCACCACAUGACAGCAGGGGAGUUACUCCCCAUGUGGCGCUUGGUGAACGAUGGGCGAGAAUGCUCGCUGCUCUCCAAGUACACGGCCCUGUUCGUCUGCAAGCUGCUGAACCUGCUGGACCAGGUCCGUGCCGCUUGACCCAGGGCCUCAGCACCCGCUGGGGCUGCAUUCAGGUUGAUUGGGUCCAGGGGAGUUCUGGAGUCUCCAGCCCAAUGUGUCGCGGAGAC